GUGUGGGAGAGUGCAGGGUGUGUGUGUCAGUGUGUAGACGGCACUGUGUGUUUGGGCGCAGAGGGGAGCGUAUGUGCAUGCCGUGAAGUGUGUCUGAUCGCGUGUGCGCCCGAGGGGAGCGGGCAGGGGUGUAACAGGUCUGCGGAUCAAUGGGAGCAACUCUCAAGGCCACCCCAGGGACUUCCCCGAGUUGGACCCACCGGUCCGGUUCGCCGCUCUCCGCGGCCAGGCUCGCUGAGCUCUGCACGUAGCGUCGGGCAUCACUCCAUCAGCCGAAGCCGUUCGGCCCCGCUCCCGUGUCCCAGCCGCUCUCUGCGCCAGGUGAGUGCCUUUACUGCGCUGGGACGGGGGACGGGGACCGCGAUGUGCGGACCCGGGGAGCGGGGCUUGCCCAGAGAAGGCAGGGCUGCUGGGCACGGGCGAGGGGAGCUGGCUGCUCAGCACGGCACCUGGGGCCAUGCGGAAAUACAACUUGAGGUGCCGGAUGAAAGUCCAGCUGUGACACAAGCGCGGGUGGAGGCUUUUCCACCCUGCAGGGGCAUCCCCCCAGCGAGCGGGGCUGACAAGCCUGGGCUGUAGCUGGGACAGGCAUGGCUCUGGGCUUUUGCCUGCUCCUAUCUCUGGGUGAUGCGGGAGGACCCGUUUUUCCAGGGAUGCAGUGUCUGGAGAUAACCACAGACUCCUACAAGCAAUGACAGUGCUGUCCAGGGGUCAGAGCCUGAGGCUUCUGCCCUGCAUUUACUGAAGAGCUUUUUCUAUGGGAGGACAUCAGCCAGCCUGUGAAUACUGGGGCUGAAAUAAAACCUUUCUCUAGUCGCAGAUUAUUCCAUCGCAUGCAGGGUUCUUACACCUUCCUCUGAAGCAUCUGGUGCCACCCAUUGUCACAGCAGGAUAAUGGACUAGAUGGGCUAUGGGUCUGAGCCAAUCUGACAAUUCCUAUGUUCCUAAGGAUUUAAAGGCAUUGCCCUAUGCAUGGAGCUGAUAAAUUCACGGGGAAUCCAUUUCUGACUAUGUACAAUUCCCCACACAUGACUGAGCAACAAUUAAGAAAGGAAAAUAUUUACAGUAGAACAUUCUGACACCUCUUCAUUUACUCUCUUUCUCAGGCUUGUAUGAGUCCAUCAAAACAUGCUAGAACUGCUCUGGGUCCAGUGGUGACAAAGGAGCUUCCAGGUCAUAGCACCACAGAGCUCAAAGCCAGAAGAGACCACUAGUCUACCCCUCAGAGGUGGUGUUUCCCUGGCUGCUUCUGUGUGGCUUCUAAGGAGCAGCAAUGAAUUCCUCUUUCCCUUUCCCAGAGAGCCACCUCAGCCUGCUGGAGCUAUUGAAAGGGGAGAACGUGUCCCUGCCUGGAGUAUGGAAUGGGAGCCAGGGGCUGGACUGGGAGGAGCUGGAAAAGAUGCUCUUCCUGUUUGCAAAGGAGCCUGUCACCAUCAGCCUGACCAUCCUGUACCUGAUCUCUUUUGUGGUGGGAUUUGUUGGGAACAUCAUGUCCAUCAAAGUGCUCACCAGGAAACAUAGCAGCCGGAUGCCCAGUCUGAGUGCCACCAGGAGCCUCCUUAUCAACCUGGCCAUCUGCGACUUGAUGGUGGUGUGCGUCUGCAUGCCCAUCACGGUGGGGAACUUGAUAUACAAAGCCUGGGUGUACGGGGACUUCCUGUGCAGGGCUGUGCCAUUCAUCCAGGCCGUGUCUGUCUCAGCCAGUGUGCUCAGCCUCACGGUUAUAAGUGUGAACAGGUAUUACAGUGUUCACAACCCUCUGAAUGCCAGGUCCUUCUUCACCCAGAGGAAGAUCCUCAGCACCAUCCUGGUGGUGUGGGUCCUGUCCUCUGGGAUCUGCAUGCCCCUUAUAUUCAUGAACAAAAGAGAUGAGAUUGGGGCGGUGGAGGGACUGCCACUAGUGUUCCCAAUCUGCAGGGAAAUAUGGCCCCAAGAGAAGCUCAAGCAAGCCUACAACUUCCUGCUCUUCUGUGCCCUCUACUGCCUGCCCGUACUAUUCAAUAUAGUCAUCUGCUUCCUGACCGUGCGAAAGCUGUGGAGCUGCACCAGCCAGUUGAAGGAGUGCAACUCACUGAACCGAUCUCUGCCAGCCUCCAGGCUGAAGAUUCGCAAGAAGGUGGCCCAGAUGGUGGUGGCCCUGGUCCUGCUGUUUGCCAUCUCCUGGCUGCCCGUCUACAUGAUGGACAUCUGGAUUGACUUCAACAUCCCCAACUCUUUGCAGGAUGUGACUCCAUCUCCCUGGGUCCUGCAGCUCAGACCUUUUGCUCAGUGGCUAGGCCUCACUAACUCCAGCCUCAACCCCAUAUGCUAUUGCUUUGUUGGGAACCUCUACAGGUCAGCCAGAGAAAUGAAGAGCAAAUACCAUCAGAGGAUGGUCUCCCUUUUUAACUUCUCUCUGUCUGAAGGGACUGCACCUUCUUCUGUUCCUGAGUUGCUCUCUUACAGGAACUCCACGGAUUCUGCAAGGAAAGAGUCCAGCUGCACCCUAGCAAUGGGAAAGAGGUGUCAGGGGGACUCUGACCCUAAGAACAACUGUGAAACUCUACUAAUGUCCUGCCAGCCUCUGUCUCUAAACACCACAUCUAGUGAAAAGACUUCUCUAUAAUCCUGUUCAGGAAGAA